CGCGGCGCCGCGGUUCUCGUGGAAGUAAUGCCCAAUCGUGGCGACGGGUACGAUGAAGAUGAAUGAUGUGCCCAUGCCGCCGAUCAAGCCGACGACGAGGAUGAAGUGCCAGUAUGCAUAGCAGAAGCCGAGACAGACAAACAUGAUGACGAGAAGGGUUGAUCCGAUGACCAUGAGGAAACGAGGGCCGUGGACGUCGAAAAUCGGGCCGAUUUGGAUGCCGCAGAAGAAGACGAGGAAGUUGUAUAGACCGAAGAUCCAGCCGAUUUUGCCGGAGGAGAGACCGUAUCGCUCCAAACGGCAGCGCCCCUGCGAUCAAUGUCGCCAGCGCAAACUGGCCUGCCAGACCGACGGCGGCCUGCCUUGUCUGCGCUGCAAAACGGCCGACCUCGACUGCACGUUUGCCCAUCCGCCGCCCAAGAGGGCGAGGACCAGCAGCCAUCUCGACCAUCUCGAAAACACUCCGGAUCAUACAGAUCACAGUCAUCUAUCCGAUCAUCCUACUCAAACGACUCAAACCGACUACUCCGUCCUCGACACCCUCUCCCCCGCCCACUUUCUCCCGGUCGGCCAUGCGCCCACGCAGUUUGUGCAGUCGCUCGACCAGCUCGACGGCUUCUCUGCCCAACUGUUUGGCGCCUCUGCUGAAUCGGAUCCCUGGCUGUUGCGCCAUUGCUCCUUUGAUGAUGCCGGGGUCAAGUGUUUCUACAAGGUCCAUUUCCGGAAUGCAGGAGGGGUGCCCACGGCCCAGAAGAUUCCUGUCCAUUUUAUGAUCGCCGCCGAGGACUUGGCUGCCAAAGCAAAGGAGGAGACACGAGUCGCGGUGGUGACUCGCGAUGAUCUGAAUCAGCUAGUGCCGCAUGAGUAUGGCCGGCGAUUAGUAGCUCUCUUCAUCAAAUUCGUCUAUCCGGCUCUGCCCCUCAUUUCCCGGUCUCAGCUGGGCUUGUCUUCGGCCGAUCAACUGCCAGACAUUGCGGCUUUAGAUCGCACCCCGUUGCAUCUGCUGACUGCCAUCUAUGCUGCUGCUCUCCCCUUUGCCGGCCACGAUGACUAUCUCUGCGUGCUCAACACCUACAGCCCUCCCCCCGUCGAUCGACUCUGGCGCAUUGUCUACGAGCUCGUCGCCGAGGAGAUCCACUCCCCCCACCUGGCCGUUCUGCAGGCGGCCCUGCUCUAUCUGCACCGUCCUCUGGAUGACAGUCUCUGUGCCACCGCCGACUCGCCCUUUGUCUGGUCCUGGGUCGGCAGUCUCGUCGGCCUGGCCUGUUCCCUCGGUCUGCACAUCGAGUGUCGCAUGUGGGGGAUCCCAGGUUGGGAGAAGCGUCUGCGUCGCCGACUCUGGUGGGCCGUCUACGCCGAGGACAAAUGGCGCAGUCUGCUCAUGGGUCGACCGCCGUAUAUCCAUCGCGAGGAAUGGGAUGUGAGCGAGCUCGACUCGGCGGACUUUGUAUACUCUCGGCAAGCCGCGGCCGCCACCGAAACAGAAGUGCCCUUUCGAUACUUGGUCGAUCUAGCGCGAAUUGCAGAGGACAUCCACUCUUCCUUUUACACCCUUCGCGCAUCGCAAUAUCUCUCCGAAAACUUCAGCGCCUCCAACGACACGGGCCGGCCGCUGCUCGAAAAACUCAAUGCCUGGUACUCCUCUCUCCCAGAGUCCUUCCGGCUGCCGAACUGGAGCAAAUCCGUCAGCGGUCUAGCGCCCUACCCGACUGCCAUCCACUUCGCCUACCUCCUCCUCGUAGUCUUCAUCUACCGGGCCCUGCUCCGCCCCAUGGCCCGGUCCUCUAGUCCCCCGCUGAUCUUUGACGUGGACGAAAUGCCCGCCUCUGCCUCCACCCUAGCCGUAGACGACUACUCUAUUCUUGAUUUCGCCGAUGUCCCGGACAUCGAAUCCUUCCCGGUAGUGGACCUCUCCGACGCCCAUGGGACAGGGGAGACAACGCUAAACGCCGCCGAGCGAUGCGCGUCGAUAAUUAUCAGUUUCACCCGACGCUUAACUGCCAGUGACUUUACCGGUUUUUGGUACUCAUGGUCCCGCAUCGGCUUCGCCACCGUCUCCAACUUCACCAUGCUCCUCCUAGUCCAAGCACCGAAUUCCGAACGCGCAGUCAAGGGCAAACACCUCGUCGAUUCCUGGCUCCGCGUCCUCAGGUGCCAGAGUCUAAGCUUUCCAUUAGUCAAGCUGGGCCUGACCAGGUUGGACGCUAUGCAUUGGGCGGGGCUGGGCCAGACGUUUGUGCUUCCGCAGCAUGUGCAGGACGUUGUUAGUGUACCAUAGUAUAUAUUUUGAAUAAACAAUCCGUUGG